AUGGGUCGUCCCAAGCGCAACAUCCUGGCAGCAGCCACGGAGUCGACUACACCUCCCGACGAGCUGACCGAGCACCAAUUCGUCGCCCGCGUCGGAAAGCCCGAGGGCAACAACACGUACACGUGCAUCCUGCCCAAUACCAAGACCAGCCUCGUCGAGCUCGCACAGAGAUUCCGCAACACAAUAUGGAUCAAAAGAGGAGGGUUCGUCGUCGUGGACCUGACGCCGAGUGAGGAGCGCAGCAAGACGAACAACAAAGUCGAGGGGGAGAUUAUCAAUGUGGUCCGAGACGAGAAGGAGUGGCGCAAAAUGCCAUACUGGCCUAAAGAAUUCCCAAAGAACACUUACCAGGACGACGAGGAUGACUCAAGAGGUCUCCCACCGACGGACUCCGAAGACGAGGAGUGA